AUGCAUCUUUAUAACCAGCACCCAGAUGAAGAAAUAGAAUACUACCAGCACCUCAAAAGCCUCCUCAUACCCCCUGCCAGCCACUCCCUGCACCAGAAAGCAUGUAAGGGAAACUUCACCCACAUGAUAGCCAAGAAGUGUCAAAGAAGACAGAAAAGUCAGAAGAAACCAAGACAUCUUGGACCACUAGAUGAUUCCUGGCAGGAAAGGCUGGCUGAUGUUGUGACGCCACUCUGGAGGCUGAGCUAUGAAGAACAGCUCAAGGUGAAAUUUGAAGCUCAGAAGAAAAUUUUACAGAGACUAGAAUCUUACCUACAGAUGCUCAAUGGAGUCAAUGUGACAACAGCUGCACCCAGAUCUGAGGGGCUCUGUUGUUUCCUCCAUCCUAUUAUACCUUCUCCUGUCAUCAAUGGCUACCGAAAUUAGUCCACCUUCUCUGUGAACCGAGGUCCAGAUGGCAAUCCAAAGACUGUGGGAUACUACCUGGGAACUUGGAGAGACAGGAACAUGGUCUGUGUGCGGUCUAACCAUCUGAAAAAUAUCCCCAAGAAACACAGUCAAGUGGCACAGUACUACGAAGUAUUCCUUCGACAGUCCCCAUUGGAGCCCUGCCUUCUGUUUCCUGAAGGUGGGUACUGGCGUGAGCUCAUAGCCCACACCAAUAGCCAAGGGCACACAAUGGCCAUCAUCACUUUCCAUCCUCAGGAAUUAAGGCAGGAGGAGCUCUGUGUUGAGAAGGAGACUGUAAAGAAGUUUUUCACCAAAGGGUCAGGAGCAGUCUGUGACUUGACAUCACUUUACUUCCAGGAAAGCGCUAUGACCCGUUGCAGCCAUCAGCAGUCCCCCUACCAGCUCCUAUUUGGGGAGCGCCACAUCUUUGAAGAUCUCCUGGGGUUGAAGAUCCGCAUCUCUCCAGAUGCCUUUUUCCAGGUUAACACGGCUGGUGCAGAGAUGCUGUAUCGGACUGUGGGGGAGCUGAGUGGAGUGAACUCUGACACCAUCCUCCUUGACAUCUGCUGUGUAACUGGUGUGAUCGGCCUCUCUCUGGCUCAGUAUACCUCCCAGGUCCUUGGGAUUGAGUUGAUGGAGCAAGCAGUAGAGGAUGCCAGGUGGACUGCAGCCUUCAAUGGCAUCACCAACUGUGAAUUCCACACCGGUCGAGCAGAGAAGAUUUUGCCACAGCUACUAAAGUCAAAGGAAGAUGGGCAGUUAAUUGUUGCUGUAGUGAACCCAGCCCGGGCGGGACUGCAUUACCAGGUGGUUCAAGCCAUUCGAAACUGUGGGGCCAUCCGCCUACUAGUUUUUGUUUCCUGCAAGCCCCAUGGUGAAACCACAAGGAACACCAUUGAGUUGUGCUGUCCUCCAGACUCUGCUAAGAAGCUCCUUGGCGAGCGUUUCGUCCUAAGGCAAGCUGUGCCUGUGGAUCUGUUCCCCCACACCCCACACUGUGAGCUGGUGCUUCUCUUCACUCGAUAA